GUCAUUUACAAGGGGCGUAGCCACGUCUAGAAGGUGUCUGCGUACCGGUGUCUGCGCGUCAUAUUUUAUGACCCACCACCUCCUGUCCCACCCUCCUCAUCGGUCCUCCCACUCCUCCCAUUUUUCUACCGAUUUUUUUCCCCGGUUCGGCGGCGCAUGCUUCUGCUUAUCAUCCGCGUACAACCGCUCGGCAAUGGUGGAUGCAAGCGCGAUGAAGAAGGCGUUCACCGUGUCGGAUAUCAAACCGCUGGACCAGUACGAUUUCAACCGAGCCAAGAUUUGCGCCAGUGUCCGGUGGCUGCUGUCAAAAUCAUACGGGUCCGCAGAGAACGUUCCGGUGGAGCUGCGGGAGCCCUUCUACAAGGACCAGUAUGAGCAGGAGCACCUGAAGCCCGGGGUGUCGGCGCUGCUCCUCUCCCCGGAGCUGUACUGCCGGGCCCAGGCCCUGCUGGCCCAGGCCCACGGGGUCUCCCUGGGGGCUUCGCAGGGGCCCCCCGGCGACAACUCGGCCCUGCUGCAGCUCCUGACCAAGAAGGGCUUCGCUCCCCGGGACCGGGACAUCGACGUCACAGAGGAGGACCUCUGUCACACGCCCAUCAAGACGAAGGCGCACCUGGCCCUGAUGGAUGCGCUGAUGUCAUUGGCUGCCAAGGAGACGGUGGGGCGGGUGAAGAUGGCCGAGGAGGCCGGGCAGAUGGGGGCAGGAGAGCCCUGGGAGAACGCUCUGCUCUUCUGGGUCAACAGGUUGAACCAGACGUUGCGAGAGAGCACAGAGGAAGAACCGCCCAAACCUCAAACGUGCACAGAUCUCCAGCCUGCUGAGGAAACUUGUCCUUCCAACCGAUGGUACUGGAAACUAGUCCCACAUUCUAUCGCUUUCUGUUUGAAGGAGUCUGGGAAUAAGCCGCCAGUGAUCCGCUAUAAGAAAGAUAAGGUGCUGUCUAAGAUGACUCCCACCUUCCCUCUGGUGUCUGGAGUCAAAGAUCUCUCUAAUGGAUGUGCUGUGGCGGCCGCGUUGCACUACUACUGCCCUAGCAAGCUGCCUUUAGAGGAUGUGUGUCUGAAGGAUACCAUGUCAGUGGCUGACAGCCUGUACAACCUGCAGCUGAUCAAGGACUUCUGCGCCAGCCACCUGCAGAGCUGCUGCCCCCUAGCUGUGGAGGACCUGCUCUACGCCCCGCCGGCACUGCACGUGAACAUGGUGAGUUUCGUGGCAGAGCUCCUGGAUUGGUUCGAGAUCCAGAAGCCUGAGUUUGUCCGGCCAAGCCAGCCCCUGGACCUCUCAGAUGCAUCGGGGCUGUUGGAUUGCACCAGUCCUGUCAGCGGCAUCGGAAACAGCAGUUCCCCGUCUUUUCUCUUCAAGCAGCCCUACCUGCCCAUCUCGUCGCCCAUGUCCCCAGAGGGUAAAACAUGGGGCAAAAAACAGAUCAGCCGCCCCCUGUCGGCCGUGACCUUCAGCAUCCCGUUCGGCCUGGACAGCGACGUGGACGUCGUCAUGGGCAACCCCGUCGAGUCCUUCCUGCGCUCCUCCCCCGGCGGCACGGACAGCCUGAGCCGCACGGCGGGGGUCCCGGCCCUGACCCGGGUCCCCUACAGCCCCACCGAGGACCUCAGCCACCUGGUCAGCGCCUCCCUCCCCUCCUCCCGGGGGCCCCCCGCCUACCCCCACCCGGGCCCCCCGGCCAGAGACCUGUCCACCAUCGAGGAGGCGCUGGCGGCGACGCUCCACGCCGCCCCGGGGAGCGGGGGGGCGAGGAGGGAGAAGGAGAGGACGGGGGCGGACCCCGCGGUAGUGGGGGGGGGGGGAGGAGGAGGAGGAGGGCGGAAGGAGCCCCGCCUGCGUCCAGAGGGGGCGCCGGCGGGCUUCUUCCUCCACUCCCCCGAGGUGGGGGAGGUCUCAAAGCUCAGCAGCUCCGCCCCCGGACGCUCCGGGAUGUUCCACCGGCCCGUCGGCGGGGAGCCGGCCCCCGGGGGCGAGAGGCGCGGGCGGGGGGACACGCGGGACAGGCCGAGCCGGGCCCCCGACACGUCCCGGGACGACGACUCGGUCCUGCGCGACGGCAGCGUGGACUCCUCCGAGGCCUCCGAGGACCUCCCGAGGAACGCGCCGGGGAACCUCCGCCCCCGCGGCGGCGGCAGCGGCGGCGCCGGUAACCCCGGCAACAGCGGCGGCAGCCCCCGCAUGACGAAUUUCGCCGAGCGGCGGGACAACCGACGGAGACAGCCGGCCUCCGAGGAGCCGAGCCAGUCGACCCCGACCACGCCGGGGACCCCGCACGCGCCCUCCACGCCGGCGGCGGCGGGGGCCGGGGCCCGCGGCCACCAGGACAGCCCGGACUCCAGGGGCCCCGAGCCGGGCUCCGAGGCCCGGGAGCUGGGGGCCAAGCUGGAGGAGAAGCGCAAAAGCAUCGAGGCCCAGAAGAGACGCAUCGAGGCCAUCUUCGCCAAGCACCGCCUGCGUCUGGGGAAGACGGCCUUCCUGAAGCUGAAGAGGGAGCAGGGGGAGGGGGGAGGGGGCGCGGAGGACGCCCAGGACGACCAGCUCACCCUGGAGGAGCGGCUCACCCGCAUGGAGGAGGAGCUGAAGCAGGAGGAGCUGAAGGAGAAGGAGGAGAAGGACGGAGGGGAGGGAGCGGGGCAGGCUGAGGGGAACGCUGAGACUCCUCCACCGCCGCGGCUGGAGAAGCAGGUCACGUUCGCUGUGGAGAGCCGCAAGGCGCCGCCGACCGAGGGAGAGAAGGGGACGGAGAAGGAGAAGGAGAAGGAGGAGGAGGAGGAGAAGGAGGAGGAGGAGGAGGAGAAGGAGAAGGAGAAGGAGAAGGAGAAGGUGGCAGGGAGAGCAGGCGGCGCUGUCCUGGACGACUACAACGGCGUGGUGCAGAAGCUGAGCGAGGCGCUGCUGUCGCUGCAGAAGGACAUGCAGAAGCUGACCGACCAGCAGCAGCAGCUCAUGGGCAAGCCGAGGACCACGCCCGCGCCCGCGACCCCUCCCGCGACCCCGCCCCGCACCCCGACCAAGACCCCCGUCCGGACCACCGCCGGCAAGGCCUGGGUCACCCAGCCCUGUCCGGUCCCGGCCUCCCCCGGCUCGCCCUCCCGGCGGGCCCACGGCCUGAACAGCGCCGCCGCCGCCGCCCUGAAGACGCCCCUGUCCUCCUCCUGCCCCGCCCCGAAGACCAAGCCCCCCCCCUCCUCCACCGCCCCCCGCAGCCCCAAGCACCACGCGCGGCCGGCCCACCCGCCCCAGCCCCGGCCCUCUGAGCUCAAGUUCCCCCCGCUGGCGCGCGUCCUGACCACGGCCAACCACGUGGACAGGCUGCCCCACCUGCGGCGGGCGUCGCCCAGCAAGUGCCAGGUGCAGACCUCCUCCUCCUUCCGCAUCGGGGGGCCCCGGACCCCCGUGGAGCCGCCGCCGCCCCAGCACGAGGAGACGGCCUCGGAGACGGGCUCCAGCGGCACGCCCACCCAGUUCAGCCUGGAGCUGGAGAACGAGGACGGGGGCGUGCUGGGCGACCUGGUGUGCCUGCCGGGGGUCCUGCGACGGGACCGCUCCGGGACCACGCUGGGCAGCAGCUCGGGGGCGCCCUCGGAGUGCUCCUUCGAGAGCGAGACCCUGUCGCUGUCGGCCGCGUUCGGCGCGGGGGCCGGCGGCGUGGAGGCCGCCCUCGCGGGGAGGAGCAAGGCGUCGCUGUCGUCCCCGGCGGGGCCGGAGGGGGGCAGCGACGAGCCCACGGACGGGGACCACGAGUUCUCCUCGGACUCCAUGAGCGACCACACGGAGCCCGCCCUGGAGCCCGCGGGGCGCUCGGAGACCCCGUUGGUACCCGGAGGACCCGCGGAGCUCCCGGUGGGUGUGGCCCUCACGGAGCGCCCAGCGGCCGCAGAACCCAGGGAGGAGGUCUUCACUCAGGCAGAGGCUCAGCGACCGGCGGCCGGCCGGACCGCACCCAGAAGUGGAAUAGGAUUCGUCUUUGAGGAGGAGAUGCACAGUGAGGGUGAGAUGGCCCACCGGAGGGCUCUCCUGCUGGAGCGACAGCAGAGGCGGGUGGAGGAGGUGAAGGAGAAGAAGAAGCGGAGGCAAUGGCACGAGAAAGAAAGUGAAGAGAAUGAAAGCAGACCCGGUUCAUCUGAGGAGCGGCACAGGUCCCCCUGCCCGACCCCUCCCCCGGCCACCACCUCCCCCUUCCCCACCCCCCCUGGUACCCCCGUCCGCUGGGGGGACUUCACGCGGGGGGAGCACAACCUCAGGCACCAGCUCAAGAUCAUGGCUGACCUGGGCAAGGUGCUCCAGCAGAAACCAGCCAAUCAGGGACGAGCUAGCAGCAAGAAGACCCGCCCCCGAGCCCGGCCGCGCAGCGCAUCCCGGGUGCAACCGCCGCUGUCUCAGAGCCUGGACAACGGCAUUCUGGGCUCCAAGUUAACCAAGGAAUACUCGCACUCCACCCUCAACCUGGCUGCUGGUGAGCCGGGCACCAGUGACAGUGAGCCUGCCAAGAAACCGCCAAGUGCUCCGAAUUCGCCUUUGAGGUGUUUGUCGUCAAGCAGACCGAUCAAUACAUCAAUUAAUCCAAAGUCACAAACAGACGGCGAUGUUUGUCCCAAUGGCACACCCCCUGCCACGGAUUACACAGGUCCAAAGCUCUUCAAAGAGCCCAGCUUCAAGUCCAACAAGUUUAUCAUCCACAACGCUCUCUCUCGCUGCUGCCUGGCCGGCAAGGUUAAUGAGACCCAGAAGAACAAGAUUGUUGAGGAAAUGGAGAAGAGUCCGGCCAACCACUUCCUCAUCCUCUUCCGCGACGCCAGCUGCCAGUUCCGGGGCGUGUACACCAUGAUCCCCGACACGCAGGAGCUGGUCCGGUUGACCGGAGUGGGUCCCAGGACCAUCGGCUCCUCCCAGGUGGAGUCCAUCUAUAAGUACAGCUCAGACAGGAAGCAGUUCAGCGCGAUCCCGUCCAAGACCAUGGGCAUGAGUGUGGACGCCUUCACCAUCCCGGGCCCUCUCUGGCAUGGGGGGGGGGCAGGGGGGGCCACUGGGGGGAGCAGGAGGGCCAGCAUUACUAAGAAAGUGGCUGUGUCCAAGUGAUUAAUGAUAUUUGAUUAUCGCUUCACUUUAACGCUGGCCCGAGUGCAGUUCACUUGAAUUCUUCCAGGAGAGUCAUAAGACGCUUGCUGAAUCUCUUUGGCAAAACUUGAAGAUACAUUUCUUACCUGUUUAGGAUUCAGGGUGCAUAUUAGGAUUCAUAUGCAUUCAACCAUUUUUGUUUAUAAUUCAAUAAUAUGUAUGAUUCUGGAUAGUAUGUCCUGUGUAUAGCAGGCCAUAGCAGGAAUUCAUUGGGUUUAAGCACGAUUCAUUUGAAUAAUUGGGCCCCACAAUGUAUGACCAUUGGGUGGUCCAAGAUUGCCCAAUACUAUCAUUAUUAGAUUUACAGGCAGAAAUGCUUGAUCUCAUGUCCUUUUGCUAAGGAAAGUUGCAGUCCUUUUUAAAUGUAGGCCUAUGGUACACAAACCACUUCCUUCAGAUGAAUGAACAGACUUUUUUUCAAAACCCCAAUAUACCUGAGGAAAAUACUAGACGUGAAUACGUUAAUUUAUCAUUUCAUUGAUUAAAAUGAAAAUUUUAAAAGGUUUGCUUUAAUUUAUUCAUGUGGAAGAGAGCGUUCCACGUCAUGAAUAAUCAUGGGGAAAUUGGACCUCUGCGAGUCUCAAAAAUCUCUCUUCCAGAAGCUUCUAGUGGUAUCACGAUAGUUGAAUGGCGUCGGCUUUAUACCUUACACCAAACACGGUAACCACACCUUUAAAUGCCUUCAAAAGUCAGAAGGAAAGACAGGACUUUUAUUUUUUACAUUAUUUUUUCUUUUUAAGAUUCCCAGUGAACGAAACACGUCCAGGCGAUGUCAAGGACGUGUUUUUCUUGCUGUACCAAAGCCUUUCAGAGCGUCUUUUCAGAACGCUUUGUGGACUAAUUCAAUCUAAUUCAAAGGCUGAAUGGUUUGUAAACACCCACAUUGGUAGACAAAUAUCCAAGGUUGUAUUUAAACAUCUUGAUGCUGGUACCAAGUUGUUUAAAAGCACAUGGGGGGGGGGGGGCAUAAUCAGAGAAUGAAUGAAGACAGCAACAUGGAAGCACAUCUUUUUUUAUUAGUUUUUUUUUUCUAAAUGAUUGCCAGCCAUAUUCAUGGGAAAAAAUGUUUUGUGAAUAGAGUGAGAUUUGUAAAUAUGAGCGGUGUAAGAGAGGACCCCCUGAAGCAUGAACCGGGGUCAGGCAAGACUGUUUCACCAUGUUUUCACCGGUGAUCGAAUGUGUGUCUUACAGGCUGUCUGGUGAGGAACAGUGAACUCCAAAAAAGCUUAUCUAGGUUAGCAACUCUGCACAAUUUCACGCUUUGAUUCAGUGAAGGAAUAGGACAUCAACUAAAUGUAUCCCUGAUAAGCUUCUGUGUAAAUUGUCUCACUGAAUUAAAUGGAUCAAGCAUA